AUGGACAGGGUACAGAGCGGGAUUCAGAGCCAGUGGACAGGGUACAGAGCGGGAUUCAGAGCCGGCGGACAGGGUACAGAGCGGGAUUCAGAGCCAGUGGACAGGGUACAGAGCGGGAUUCAGAGCCCGUGGACAGGGUACAGAGCGGGAUUCAGAGCCGGCGGACAGGGUACAGAGCGGGAUUCAGAGCCGGCGGACAGGGUACAGAGCGGGAUUCAGAGCCGGUGGACAGGGUACAGAGCGGGAUUCAGAGCCAGUGGACAGGGUACAGAGCGGGAUUCAGAGCCGGCGGACAGGGUACAGAGCGGGAUUCAGAGCCAGUGGACAGGGUACAGAGCGGGAUUCAGAGCCGGCGGACAGGUCCGGGUGCUGGCUGGGACUCUGCUCUUCCCCGCUCCGCUCCGGGUGCCGGCUGGGACUCUGCUCUUCCCCGCUCCGCUCCGGGUGCCGGCUGGGACUCUGCUCUUCACCGCUCCGCUCCGGGUGCCGGCUGGGACUCUGCUCUUCCCCGCUCCGCUCCGGGUGCCGGCUGGGACUCUGCUCUUCACCGCUCCGCUCCGGGUGCUGGCUGGGACUCUGCUCUUCCCCGCUCCGCUCCGGGUGCCGGCUGGGACUCUGCUCUUCCCCGCUCCGCUCCGGGUGCCGGCUGGGACUCUGCUCUUCCCCGCUCCGCUCCGGGUGCCGGCUGGGACUCUGCUCUUCCCCGCUCCGCUCCGGGUGCCGGCUGGGACUCUGCUCUUCCCCGCUCCGCUCCGGGUGCCGGCUGGGACUCUGCUCUUCCCCGCUCCGCUCCGGGUGCCGGCUGGGACUCUGCUCUUCACCGCUCCGCUCCGGGUGCCGGCUGGGACUCUGCUCUUCCCCGCUCCGCUCCGGGUGCUGGCUGGGACUCUGCUCUUCACCGCUCCGCUCCGGGUGCUGGCUGGGACUCUGCUCUUCCCCGCUCCGCUCCGGGUGCUGGCUGGGACUCUGCUCUUCACCGCUCCGCUCCGGGUGCUGGCUGGGACUCUGCUCUUCCCCGCUCCGCUCCGGGUGCUGGCUGGGACUCUGCUCUUCCCCGCUCCGCUCCGGGUGCUGGCUGGGACUCUGCUCUUCCCCGCUCCGCUCCGGGUGCUGGCUGGGACUCUGCUCUUCCCCGCUCCGCUCCGGGUGCUGGCUGGGAUGCUCUUCUUCACGCACUGCUUCGGUUUUGUGCUGGACGCCGUGCACUUCCGAUAUCAGUACUGCAAGGCGAGAGCCGCCUUCUCGGCCGCUGUCCAACUUGUGUGUGUCGUGCGACCGACACCCAGCCUGACGCACCUGCCAACUCGAAACCCGCUUUCCCUGCAUCGUGAGGUGGUGCCCAGCGCUGAGGACUUCUCCGAGAGACGCCUGCUGACCUGCCCGUGCAGCAGAGCGCACUGUGAAUGGGAGGGCCCCCUCAGUGCGCUCCUGCUGCACCUGACCAGCAGCCACCACAGCGUGGCCAGGCUGCAGGGAGAGAGCGUGGUCUUCCUGGCCUGCGGCGUCCACCUGCCCGGCUCAGCCAGCUGGGUGACUGUGCAGUCCUGCCUCGGACACCACUUCGUGCUGGUUCUGGAGAAGGAGGAGGGGCGCCAGCGGUUCCUGGCCUUCGUGCUGCUGCUCGGCACAUCCAGGCAAGCGGAGGGCUUCUCCUAUCGGCUCCUGCUGAACGGCCACCGCCGGAGACUCACGUGGGAGGCCACUCCGCGAGGGGUGGCUGAGGGGCCCGCCUCGGUCAGCACCAGCACCGACAGUCUGGUCUUCGACACAGUGAUGGCCCGAACGUUCGCCACUAAUGGAAGUCUUGCCAUCAACGUGACCAUAUCCUGCUGCUGACAGCAGGCAGGAGCCUCCUCCGCUCCCAUUUCAGAUGUUUUGUACCAAGCCCGUGAGCUUGCUGAAGUUUUUUAUGGACCGAUUUUUGUCCCACCAUCCCUGGAACAAAUGUGUUUCGGGUCCACUGUGAACGUUUCUUUAGCUUCUCCUGCAAGGUGGCAGUCUGAAGCAGCGAUGUCCACAGAACGAGCUCAAGCUGAGAAUUGUGUCCUGGUAGGAAGAUGUGGUUCUCUUACAAAAGUCAUUGCAAGUACCAGCACUUCGUAACUGGUCAUUUGGACGUGGGUAAGACUGACUCGGGGAGCCAUUUGCUGUUGAUCCCAAUGCGAGAAGCUGGCUGAGUAUAGGGUUGUACAGCACAGAAAUGGGCCCUUCAGCCAACCAUGACUGUUGAACCCUAACCCUAUUCUAACUCCAUCUCGAUGCAUUAGUGCCGUAACCUGCAGUCCUUGCUGACUGAAGUGCUCCUCUGCAUGUUUCCUCAAUGUGUGAUAGUAGCUGCCGCCACCUCCAGCAUGUCCCACAGUCCUACCACUCCGCGUGGAGGGGGGAAAUCCUCCAUUAUCUCCUCUAGCCCUCCCAAUUCUUACCUUAAACCUACACCCCCUUGCCUUAGACAACCACACCAUGGGGAAAGGAUCUGACUAUCUACCACCCUCGUAAUUUUGUACACCCCUCUUAGGCUAUCCCUCAGGCUCCUCGACUCCACAGGAAAUAAGACCAACCUGUCCAAUCUCUCCUUAUUACCAAAGUAGCACAAUCCAGGCAACAUCUUCUCUGCAUCCUCUCCAGCACUUCCUCCCUGUGGUUAAGGACAGAGCUUCUCAAUGGGACAACAGGAUGAGGAGGGCAGGCCACCUCCUCUGCAGGAUCCUGGUGAAGUAGGUGGGUUUUUGUGAUAGUACAGAACUUUACAGUCUUUUGUUUUAUUUAAUUAGCUGCAUUUAAAUUCCUCAACAGUUUGGGUGGAGUUGGAACUCCCAUCUCCCUGACUCAGUGGUCCAAGCCACUUCAACACCAGAGCCCGAACAGAUUCUUAGAUACCACCUAACCCGAGGGAGAGUAGCAGGCACAUCGCUCCCUCAGAUUUGUUAAAGAGGCUCUUGUUUGUGAAUGGGACAGAGGACUGAACCUUGACUGACCAACGGUGCAUUAUUUCACUUCUAUCUGUCUCACAGCCUUCCUGACCCACAAAUCCACCAAGAGGCAGGAGGUUUGAAAAAAGAAAACUAAAAAUGUAGAUGCUGAGAACCUAAGCAACACAUACAAAAUGCCGGAGGAAUUCAGCAGGCCAGGCAGCAUCCAUGGAAACGACUAAACAGUCAACGUUUCAGGCCGAGGUCAUCCCUCAGGACUGAGAAGGAAGGGGGAAGAUAUCAGAAUAAAAGGGUGGAGGGAGGGGAAGGAGGAUAGCUGGAAGGUGACAGGUGAAGCCAGGUGGGUGGGAAAGGUCAAGGGCUGGAGAAUAAGGAAUCUGAUAGGACAGGAGAGUGGACUGAAAGAGAAGGAGGAAGAGGAGGGGACAUAGGGAGAGUAAUAGGCAGGUGAGAAGAGGUAAAAGGUCAGAGUGGGGAAUAGAGGAAGCUGUUUACUGGAAAGAGAAAUCGAUGUUCAUGCCAUCAGGUUGAAGGCCACCCAGAUGGAAUACAAGGUGUUAAUUCUCCACCCUGAGGGAUGGCUUCACCUUGGCUGUGCACUGACACAUGGAAAUGGGAGUUAAACAUUUGGCCACAGGGAACUCCCUGCAUGUGGCGGAUGGAGUAGAGGUGCCCCCCCCCCAUUUAUGAUGGUUCUCACCAAUGUAGGAGGCUGCCUUGGAAGCACUGCACGCAAUAGACAACCCCAGCAGAUCCACAGGUGAAUUGUGAACUGUUUGCAGCCCUUAAUGGAGGUGAGACAGGAGGUGUAUGGGCAGGUGUAGCACUCUUGGGGAUAAGUACCUGGAAGGAGAUUAGUGGGGAGGGACGAAUUAUCAAGGGAAUGGUGGAGGGAGCAAUCCCUGCGGAAAGCAGAGGGGGGAGAAUGGUAGUAAAGAUGUGUUUCGUUACAGGAUCCAUUUGGAGACGGCAGAAGUUGUGGAGGGACUAAAAAUGCAGAUGCUGCGAAUCUGAAAUUAAAACAGAAAGUGAUCAGCAGAUCAGGCAGCAUAUUUGGAGCAAGAAACAGUUAAUAUUGAGGUUCAAGGCCUGUCAGGGAAGAGUUAUAAAGAAAGCUGCUGUUCACUAUCACCUGCAUUAUAAACCAAGCGAGUCCCUGAGUAAUCAGUGACUAAAGGCUGGUUGUACGUUCAGGGCAACAGCUUCACGGCUCCUUAGAGAUGCAUUUAUGAUUUUGUUGUUCAUGAGAAAUCUUCCUCGCUACUAAUUGUAGCACUUGUCGGCUUUCUUUCAUGUGGGGCACAGAGGGAAGUUGGUCAAUGAGCCCAGGAGAGACAGCUUGAUGCUUGCUGGAACUGGUAAUCAGUUUUGGGGAGAUUCGCAAAGACAGAAACUUUCAACACAAAGAAAAGGAGGGGUUCUUUUGCACUGAAACUUUGAAUAUGAGGAACUUAAACUGAUGGUAUCGGCUUAAAAAAAGAAUAGAUUAUAAAAGGAUGUUGUUCAUGGUGAGUACCUGUGGUUUGGAAGAAGGUUAGUUUUGGACCUGUGCAACUGCAUAUUAAUUAAAAUAAAAGCACACACUUGGAGAGGGAGGUUUUAACUAGUGUAUUCACUGGUGUAAUCAGUCCAUGUGUAGUGCGAAUGGGAAUCAUUACCCUAAAAGGUUUAGAUCCAUACAUUAUACUUCCUCCCCUUAACAUAAAACUGUAUAUGUUACUUUCAUAACCUUCCUCUUGACUAGGGGUUUUUUUUAUUUUCGGUCCCUUGCUUUCAGCUCCUUUUUUUUUCUGGUAGAAGGCAUUAUUAUCCUCUGUUGCUGAGUGUAUUCACAGUCUGGGAGCUUAGCUGUCCUGACUUAUUCUCUCUAUAUUGUGUUGUGGUUGGUCUGGAGUUGCUGUUGUUUUUUUCUUGUGUUGUGGGGCUUGGGGAGGAAACUAAGCUUACUUGUCUUUAAUCUAGGUGCUUUUUCUUUGCUAAAUUCUCUUCCUUUGUAGCAUAUUGUUAUUGUAUGCUUAAUUUUGCACUGUUUUAAUGUUCCUCAUUGGGAUUUGGGGUUUUUAAUUUGUAAAAUGUUUUGAAAAACUAAUAAAAAAAAAUUUUUUUAAACUGUA